UAAAGCAAACAAUGUCUGAAUAACGAAUUCUGAUAUGAGAAAAUUAAUUUAUUUAAUAUCUGCUUAUCUACAUGGAGCUUUCGUUUUGAAUAAUAGAUAAAAUAUAAAUUUCAGUUUCUCUUCUAAUGCAUCCUGUAAUGAAUCAUCAGUCAGAAGUCAAGAAGUUAGAUAGAUCAGGAAAAAUUUCUCAAAAUCGAAAUGCAGACUCUGUGAUAGAAUCUGAUUCCUUAAAAGAUGAAAAGGAAACUGAAUCUUCUGAAUCAUUGAAAAAACCUAAUAUGGCAGAUACUUCUCAUGGAAAUGACAAUGAUGGCAAUAAAAGCUUUGAGCCAAAGUCAAGUUCCUUGAAAAAUCUUGAUGAAUUAAAGAAAAGUAUUCUUAAUUACGAUGAUUCAGAUGAAGAAACAAAUGACUUAUGUGAAAAGACAGAUGAUGAGUGUAAUGAUUUAGAUGAUAAGUGUGAUGAUUUAGAUGAUGGGUGCAAGGAUUUAGAUAAUGAGUGUAAUAAUUUAGAUGAUGAGUGUAAUAAUUCAGAUGAUGAGUCAGAUAAUUUAGAUAAAGAAACGGAGAAUCUAGAUGAAGAAACGGAGAAUCUAGAUGAAGAAACGGAGGAUCUAGAUGAAGAAACGAAAGAUCUAGAUGGAGAAACGGAGGAUCUAGAUGAAGAAACGGAGAAUCUAGACGAAGAAAAGGAGGAUGUAGAUGAAGAAACGGAGGAUCUAGAUGAGGAAACGGAGGAUCGAGAUGAUGCGUUUGAUGAUCGAAAUGCAGAACUGGAUGAUUCAAAUAAUGAAAGAAAGUUUCACACAGAAUUAUAGGUCCUGUUGAGUUUUCCUCAUUUUCGUAUUUCAUAAAUGUUAAAUAAAAAAAUUAAUUAA